CCUCUCAAGUGCUGAGAUUACAGUUGUGUGCCACCAUGCCCAGCUACCUGUGUUUUUCUGUUACAGACCUUCAUCCAUGGGCCUAUUCCCUGGUGGAUUCCAGUCAAGUGUCUACAUUUCUGAUAUCCAUUCUUCUUAUAGUCUACGGUAGUUUCAGGUCCCUUAAUAUGGACUUUGAAAAUCAAGACAAGGAAAAAGACAGUAACAGUUCUUCUGGGUCUUUCAAUGGCAACAGCACCAAUAAUAGUAUCCAAACAAUUGACUCUACCCAGGCUCUGUUCCUCCCAAUUGGAGCAUCUGUCUCGCUUCUAGUAAUGUUCUUCUUCUUUGACUCAGUUCAAGUAGUUUUUACAAUAUGUACAGCAGUUCUCGCAACGAUAGCUUUUGCUUUUCUUCUUCUCCCGAUGUGCCAGUAUUUAACAAGACCCUGUUCACCUCAGAACAAGAUUUCCUUUGGUUGCUGUGGGCGUUUCACUGCUGCUGAGUUACUAUCAUUCUCUCUGUCUGUCAUGCUCGUCCUCAUCUGGGUUCUCACUGGCCAUUGGCUCCUCAUGGAUGCUCUGGCCAUGGGUCUCUGUGUUGCCAUGAUCGCCUUCGUCCGCCUGCCGAGCCUCAAGGUCUCCUGCCUGCUUCUCUCAGGGCUACUAAUCUACGAUGUCUUUUGGGUAUUUUUCUCAGCCUACAUCUUUAACAGCAAUGUUAUGGUGAAGGUGGCUACACAACCAGCUGACAAUCCCCUUGACGUUCUAUCCCGGAAGCUCCACCUGGGGCCUAAUGUUGGGCGUGAUGUUCCUCGCCUGUCUCUGCCUGGAAAAUUGGUCUUCCCAAGCUCCACCGGCAGCCACUUCUCUAUGUUGGGCAUUGGAGACAUUGUGAUGCCCGGUCUUCUGUUGUGCUUUGUCCUUCGCUAUGACAACUACAAAAAACAAGCCAGUGGUGACUCCUGCGGGGCUUCUGGACCCGCCAACAUCUCUGGGCGCAUGCAAAAGGUCUCCUACUUCCACUGCACCCUCAUUGGAUACUUUGUAGGUCUCCUCACUGCUACCGUGGCAUCGCGCAUCCACCGAGCCGCGCAGCCUGCCCUCCUCUACUUGGUGCCGUUUACCUUAUUGCCACUCCUCACCAUGGCCUAUUUAAAGGGUGACCUACGGCGGAUGUGGUCUGAGCCAUUCCACUCCAAGUCCAGCAGCUCUCGAUUCCUGGAAGUAUGAUGGGUCAAGUGAGAAGUGACCAGAAUGGCCGUCGUCGUCUUCUCCCUCACCACGUGGUUUUGUUUCCUCUUAGCGCCGGCCUGGUACUCAGAGGCGUGCCUGUGUAAGGAACUGACGUGUGACUGGAGUUUGCCUCUAAAGGGAGCCCGUUGGCCGAAGAGGGUGCUGCCCCAGCUGGGUCCUUCUCUUCCUGCCCUUCCCAGAGGAGAGGACCCUCCCAACACUGCUUCCUCCCAUUUUUAUGGAUCUGCACCAGACUGUUACCUUGCGCGGAGUUGGAGACUUGACUGUUUAAAAACUGCAAACGGCAAGGAGUCGUUUUAGAACUUUUGAACACUAAAAGGAUGAAAAAACAAUUAGCAGACCGAAAUUGUUUCAGCGAACCCUCCAGAACUUUGGGACCAGUUUCCUUUGGGGGACUCAGUUUCAGAGAACUGAGACAGAAGUUCUUCUGUCAUAAUAUUCUUUCCUUUUUUUGGAUUUAUUAAAUAUUUUCUGUGGUGUGAAGUGACUUAUUAAAUCCACAGACCUUGAGUGACUUCUUACAACAUACGCAUAAGAAUGUGUUGUAAUGGGUUCAUGUCCACCCAGACAUCAUGUUGGCAGUGAACAAGGGCACGGUUUUUAUACAUACGUACAUAUAUAUAUAUACAUACACACACACAGACACAUUCGCGUGCAUAGAUUAUAUGAAUAAACAAAUUAAAACCUGCUAAGAUCAUGCUGUGUAGCAGUCAGGGGCUUGCUGUAUUUUGAGCAUGUAGAGCAGUUCACUGUGGCCUCCUUGUAUCAGCUGCCAUCUCCUCCCUCACAACUGACCCUGCAGCUACAAACCAGUAUAGCGUUCGGACCGACAGACUCGUGGGAUUUAGGGGGCUCUUACUUGGUUUGAUCAGUGUAGUAAAUUAGGGAUGAGAAGUUAAAACUUUUCGGCCCUUUUCUUUUUAUAGGCUUCUCCCUUGCCAAGUUUUAGUAGUUUCUUCCUGAACCAAUGCAUGUAUUAUAGCAGCAGGCGUCUUUGUGCUUUCUGAUCAUAGUAAUGUACUACCUGUAAAUACAUUUUUCUAUUUUGUAUUUUUUUGUAUUUUUUUUUUUUUUUGGCAUUUUGUUUCAUUGGUGUGCUGUAUUUUCCAUGCCCUCACUCCUUUAAGAAAGAAAGAAAAAAAAAAAAAGGAAAAACAA